GGGGAGUUCCUGUCCACAGCAAAUUCGGAGCACACACAGCAGGACAGCUGCUCAGGCUGCAGUGCCACAGGCGCCUCAAGGAUUGUGCAGGAAAAGGAGGAGGAGUAGGAGGGCAAAGAGUUUUGAUUCAGAUGACAAAUCAUCAUGUGGAGCCGUUAGGUGGUGAGGAAAAGACUGGAGGGCUGGCAGCAGGUGAGGCCCUUCCAGUCAUCAGGAAUUACAAAAAUCUGGCAGCAUGAUAAAUCUGCACCAGAAUGCCCCAGGCUGGCAUCACCUGCCUCCUCAGGAUCCCUUCUGCACUGACUUCAUGACCUCUGACCACACUGACACAUCCGUGCCCCCAGGAAACCUGGGAUCUCACAUGCCAGCACUCCAAAGAGAUGUCUUUGAGAAAACAGCAAUGAUUCCUGAAGCCAGGAACUGCAAAGUCAUUGUAGAGGGAAACAGCAACACAUGACAUAGCAUUCCCUGAGAUCUUUCCAUUCAUUUGGCUCAUACAGGGAUUUCCUCACUUAUUCAGCAAGGAAUGUGGGCCCUGAGGCAGUGUGGGGCCAGGAUAAAAGGCAGCCUAACAGGUGGCUCUCUCAACCACUUCUGUCUCCUCCUUCUCCUUGGGAAACAGGUGAGUUGCAAGUCCCUUUCUCCUGCACCCUCUCGAGGACAGCACUGAGCUUUCCAGCCCUUGUUCCUGCUCCUUCUUCUUCUGGGGCUGUUCUGCCUUGGUGGCGGAGGUGUGGGCAGAGGGAAGGCCGUGUGUUCUGGCCAGAGGCUGAGGCUGGGCUGAGGUGCUGAUUUUCAUGCAGGUUGGGCAGGAGCAUGGCUGGGCCAGGCUGAGCUCGGAAGGAGCGAGCUGGGCUCAGGCAAAGGAUCCCCAGUUUGGGGCGGCACAGCCUGGAGCUCCACGGGCAGCAGGGGCCUUGUCUUGCUGGGGGUGCUUUGCGGGCUGUGUCUCAGAUGUGCGUGUGCUCUGCUCCCUCCCUGCGCCAGGUGCAGCGCCAGGCUCCAGACAUGUCCUGCCCUGAGAAGUGCCAGCAGUGCCAGCCCUGCAACCCUUGCUGCCAGUCCUGCGGCCCCUGCCCGCUGGCCAGCAGCUGCAAUGAGUGCUGUGUCAGGCAGUGCCAGAGCUCCCAUGUCGUCAUUGAGCCGCCUGCUGUGCUGGUGACCCUGCCCGGCCCCAUCCUCAGCUCCUUCCCACAAAACACCGCCGUGGGAUCCUCCACCUCCGCUGCCGUUGGCAGCAUCCUCAGCUCUGAGGGAGUGCCCAUCAGCUCCGGGGGCUUUGACAUCUCCUGCAUCACCAACUGCUACGGUGGCAGCAGAUGUUGUCGUCCUUGCUAAAGACGCUGCCGCCAAUAUCCUUGGGCCAGAACCUCCAAGACCUCACAACAUGGAGCUGGAAUGAAGUCAGAAAUUUAAGACAUUGGAUUUAGAGCUUUGCACUAGUG